AUUCGCGCGAAAUUGUUGGGUCAACUGAUGAACAUCCUCUGUUAUUUGAAGACGCACAUACAUGGCACACAUAAUAUGCGGACAACGAAUCGAAAGGAAUGGAAGAUAUAUUUGCAUCUCUAAUAUAUGCACAAAGAUACUUUGCUACACAAAACAACGCAUGUAUGCUGCUUCUUCAGUGAAGAUCUUCGAGAGAGAAUAUGAAAACGCCCUGCACCGCGCAGCACCGAACUCCAGUCCCGUCAGACCGGAAAUUGCAAGUACACAUUUCUUGUUCGCUGUCUAAAUUCAAGAUAACAAGACUGCCACAUCUCACGCUUUUAAUGCAACAUGCAGGGAUUCAAAGCGGUCAGAAAUACGAGAGGAUAUAAAUCGGACCAAAUUAUGCCUGUAAAUGAUUUCUGCGUGGCGUAGUUCAACAAUUCGCGGCGAUCACCAAUCGAGUCUACAUGUGGGUUUUCGACCAGCAGGUGUUGCAUCGGAAGGAAGAUAGUUACAUGGUGAUUGCUAUGGAAACCCACGUGUAAAACUUUCUCAAAGCACACAAACUCCAGUGAAAUUGGCCAUCUAUGCGAAGACAAAGCGCUUAUAAAAAAGAAAAGCAAAUCUUAUCGUGUAAGAAGGUGCACUCUGCUGAAAACACGAAAAACAGGAAGGCCCUGUUAAAGUUGAUGCAGCAAGAGCAUUUGAUGGAAAAGAACCUUGCUAACUUGAUGGAGAACAUGAAACUGGAACCAGAAGUUCUGCGAUCCGUUUUGCAUAAUAUGAGUGACAUCUCGAAAACCAGGCAAAUCUUUGUCGAUAACGUGAAGAAAUCUUUGGAAGAAAUCGCUGAGGAACUACGAUCAGCAAAAUCCAUAACAAAUUUUCUCGAAAAAAUUCAAAAAUUAGACACAAAUGCAUACAAGCAGCGACUCGUGAGAUUGUCACGAAAAAUUCGGGACUUUAAAGAAUCCUGCCAAUUAGAGACUUUAUCGCAAGAGCAAACAUCUCUCGAGUCUGAAUUACGUGAAUUCGAAUCAAGUUUGCAUAAGUAUGAGAGUGCAACCGGUAAUAUUGGCAAACCGACUUCUGCUGCGUUCUUUAACAAGGAAAAUAAAAGAUGCCACGAUUAUAAGGAGAUCCAUGAUUUCCAUGCGUUAAUUGCUAAAACAGGUCACACCGAUAAUUGGAGUGACGAGGAUCACCUUUUGUUUCUGAAAAUGCGGAAAAAAUGUAACAACAUCCCUGCUCUGGUGGCCGCUGUUCAAGUCAAGUGUCCAGAUUUAACUGCAGAAAUCAUAGUAAAUCACGAAGCGUGGUACAAGGUUUACUUGAGUCUACGUGAAAAGCAACGUUCAAGCGUUAGAGAGUGGCGCAAGCAGAGAGAAAUCGAGAAAACAAAGAAAAAUUGUGAGAACCAAACCUUGGAAGAAACUUCGAAAGACAAAACGAGUUGCAAUCUCACAAAAGAACUUUCGAAUCGUAUGACAGACGAAUGUAAAGGAAGAACAGCGAAGACCGACGAUUCCGUUGAUAUUAAUAACGCAAACCAGAAGAAGCAAUUAAUAAGACGAUGGAAAGAGGAGAAAGAGAAUAAGCGUUCGAUGGAUGAAGAGCAGUCGAGGAUUCUGAUAGAAUCGAAACUGGUCGCGCAAGAAAAGCGUAAAAGAGAGAAGCUGAAGAGAAUUCAAGAAGCUUUGGCGGAGUAUCGUGAGAGAAAAUCGAUGGAAGUUUCUUCAGAAACUUCGAAAGACGUUUUGAAAGCGGGACCGAAGUACAAUCCAGUGUUGAUUAAAGCCUUCAGGAAGCAAGACGAAGAGUAUACGAGAAAAAAGAAAAAUUUGAUAGCAAGAUCACGAAGACCGAAUAAAAGUCGAACAGUGAAAGCAAGAUUGCAAAUAACAAAGCGACAUUCGACUCUGUUAAAUCCGACCAAAGUAUGGAAGGAAAGAUGCAGAAUACAUAAUCUUAAUUCUAGCACGAAGGAAGCGAGAAAACUGCAAUAUAUUAAAGACGUUCCUCGUUUGUAUGUCCAAUGGAGAAACAGAGAAUCAACAGAAAUUAAGGAUACACUAGCGUCUCUCUGAAGUCAAUAAGAAUUUGUUUUCAGUCCAAGUCACUUAAAGCUUAAUGAGGAAGGAAAUAAAAAUAUAUAUAAAACAUUGAUAUAUACUUAUGUUUAUUUUUUCUUUACGAACGUACCUUCUUGUUUCUUUCAGACGAUGUACAUAAUAAGUUAUGAGUAAACGAGUGUUGAGUUUAUCCAGGAGACCGCCGUAUCGAAUUACUCGGCUUUCGAUUAUAUUAAAAAUUGCUCUAUCUUCGCUAUUUUUCAUUUAUUUGCAGGAACAAAAACGGAGGGAAGCAAAAGAGAAAGGAAAACGAUAGACCAUCUCGUCGUCGACGUCGUCUCAGAUAACUCCAACCCUCGGCGACUUUACUCAAAUAUAUAUAAUAUACUUUCUAUUAAUCUUCUGUUCGUUAAUUCGAUAUUCUUUCGUUUAGAUUACCAAAUACAAAAACAUAGGUGAUACAAUAUAUAUAUAAUAUAUAUAAUGCUAUGAUACGAGUGUCUCGUAUCGCGCCGAAUACGAUAGCCACUUCGACGGUUCGCCCGCUGUAUGUACGUCUAGCUUCCUCUUUUUAUUAAUUAUUACUAUUAUUAAUUACUAUAUUUGUUUACAUGUCGCGGGAUAAUCCUACGCGGCGCGAUACGGCGACACCUCUCAUCCUUUUGUGGGAAUACUUACGCGCAAAAACCUUAAAACGUACUCUUUCUCUUCGUCUGUCUCUCUUUCAGACAGUAUAUUUAUAUAUAUAUAUAUUUAUAUUUUAUAUAUAUACUUUUGUUUUUAUUUAUUUAUAUAUGUAUACGUAGAAAUAUAAUUAUUUAGAAUUUAUAAUGCGUACCGCCUAGAAAUUUGUUUAUUACAACGAACGAUAAAUCAAUUCAACGCACACUCUCUCACUCACACUCGCUCAAUCGACACACGUGCCAUUCGAUGCAACGGCUGUUGCAAUUUUUUUUUAUCACUAACUCUCCUUUGAAACCCAGACGAUAAAUAUGUACAUGUGUGUGUGAACAUUUGUACAGCGGAGUCUCCCUUUC